GAAGGACAUUGUUUCAGUCUUGAAACAAUAUCUACAAUAUGUUUAUAUCAGUAAGAAAAUAACAAUUUUGCACAUCUGUAUUCAUCAUUAUUCAUAUCAGAUGGUUUUGAGGGAAAUAAUGCUUUAUUCCAAGAACUUCAAUGAAGAUACACGAAGCAAUGCUUGCAUAGAUUCUGUCUAUAAUUGAUAGAGAAGAUAUAACACUCUUUGUUGGCUUUCUUGGAAAAAGCGGUACAAUCUUCCUGUUGCCUUUUCAGCUGCACCCACAGCAUACCCAACUAAAGAAACACACAUGCUUCACAUCCUCUUUGAUCCUACAGUCGGCAGCAGGCACCAAACCACUAUAAAUAGAGGCUUGUACUCUACCAGUGCGCAAUAAGCCGUUCACAGCAUAUCUUUGAGUGCAAUAGCUCACUGCAUUCAGUCAGAUCAUUUGUUGUGUAAAAUACAAAUACCUGACCCUCAAACCAUGUCUAGGUCUGUGGAGCCUCUCAUAGUCGGUCGGGUGAUUGGAGAAGUUCUCGACUCCUUUAACCCAUGUAUAAAGAUGAUAGUGACCUACAACUCAAACAAGCUUGUCUUCAAUGGCCAUGAGAUCUACCCAUCAGCAGUUGCAUCUAAACCAAGAGUGGAGGUUCAAGGGGGUGAUUUGCGGUCUUUCUUUACAUUGGUGAUGACAGAUCCAGAUGUCCCAGGACCAAGUGAUCCAUAUCUAAGGGAGCACCUUCACUGGAUCGUGACUGAUAUACCUGGUACGACAGAUGCCUCCUUUGGGCAAGAGGUCAUAAGCUACGAGAGCCCAAGACCUAACAUCGGUAUCCAUAGGUUCAUUUUUGUCCUCUUCAAGCAGAAGCGCAGGCAAACUGUAACUGUGCCAUCCAUCAGGGAUCAUUUCAACACCCGGCAGUUUGCUGAGGAAAAUGACCUUGGUCUCCCUGUAGCUGCUGUCUACUUCAAUGCACAGAGAGAAACUGCUGCUAGGAGACGCUGAAAAUCUUAUUGUCCACCUGAUGAUAAACAAGGGCCUUCUGAUCUUCUUUCUACGAGGACGAUGAUCUUAUUCUACAUUACCCUAUAAAUAAGCAAGCUGCAUUUUGCAGAGUGUAUCAGUAUUAGAUUGUUUUCUUAGUGUCAAGAUUGACAAUCAUGAAUGAUUGAUGCUUGUGGUCAAAUUUUAUAUAUAAGACAACUUUUCAAUGAAAAUCAGAAACCAGGGUUGGACAUGACCCA